AUGACAGACGCUACAAUGUUGACGAAAAUCGAGCACCGCGCAGUGAUUAAAUUCCUUACAAAACAAGGAAAGACUCAAAAAGUUAUUCAUGAAGAAAUAGUGGCUGUUUAUCAAGAUUCUGCUCCUUCAUUAUCUACUAUUCAGAAGUGGUCUAGUGAAUUUAAACGGGGUAGAGAGAGUAUUGAAGACGACCCCCGUGCUGGAGGGCCGAUAAGUGCCACUUCCGAAGAAAACGUCAAAAUUGUCGAGAAACUUGUAUUGGAAGAUGCCCGUAUCAGAGUGAAAACAUUAGCAGAAAAGACUAAGCUAUCCGUGGGUACUAUUCACACUAUCCUUUAUGAACAUCUGAAUCUUUCAAAAGUCAGUGCAAGAUGGGUGCUGCGAAUGAUCACGCCGCUUCAGAAACAAGUUCGAGUUGAGUGCAGUAAGGGGUUUUUGGAGCUCUGUAGCGAAAAUUCUAGUGGAAUUUUUGAACACAUUGUCACCGAUGAUGAAACGUGGGUUCAUCACUAUGAUCCUGAGAGUAAGCAAGAGUCCAUGCAGUGGCAUAAAAAAGGAACAGACCCACCAAAGAAGUUUAAAGUCUGCCCAUCCGUCGGAAAACUCAUGGCCACAGUGUUUUGA